AUGACAGAUAUAUUUAUUUUAACACCAAUAUUUCGCUUUCCAUCAACUUUUAAUAAAAGCGAAAUAUUUUCAAUAUGUAGAUCAAAUAUUGAAGGUGUAGAUUUAGAGUUUUUACCAAUAAACAACGAAAGGAUUGGUAUUAUUUUAAAAGACUCAAAAUUUUCAAUGGAAUCAAUUGAGUUUAUUUAUAAACAAAAUGCAUUUUUAAUGAAUCAAUUAGAAAGAGUAACUGAAUCAUUAAACAUUUUACAAGAAAACUAUGUAAAUGACCAAAAGUCAAUAAAAAAUUUAAAAAAUGAAGUAUUCAUAUUAAAAAAGAUUGAAAAUGAUUUAGCAAACAGAUUGGAGGAUCAAGUUCAGAUACAAAGAGAAUCGGAAUCAAAAGCUGAUAAACUAAUUAUACAAACCCAACAACAGCUAACAGCAUCAAUAAAUAUAAUUAGAGCUAUAACUCAUGUACAUCCAAAUAUUUUAGAGGAUGAUGAUUUUUUAACCAAUAUAAAUUGUAAUACUAAAUCCUCAUCUUCAUCAAACUCAUCACCAUCAUCACCAUACAUUACAUCGGUAAAUCAUAGAGAUACUAUUAACUCCCCAAUUUUAGCACCUAUAUCAUCAGCAACCUCAACACCCCCAAUUUUAAUCAAUAAACAUAGUUUAAAUCAUCAUCUUCAUCAUCAUCUAAGCGAGACUCUCUCCUCACCAUUUUCAAUAUCUUUAGAUAGCCAGUCACCAUCACCAUCAUCUUCCUCUAAUUCGUCGACACCGACCACAGUUUCUACACCUGUACCAAUAACAGCUCAAAGAAGACCCUCAACUUUUAACCUAUCCAUUUCUGCCCCUUCAACAGUCAAAGAGGUUGAUAAAAUCAAACAUUUAAUAAGUCAAUAUAUAAAAAACUGUAAUACUAGCAAUAGACCCUAUUCAAAUAGAAAUCACUAUAAUUUUAAAUUUGAUUCUACUUUAAUCUCAAAUAUUAAUCACUAUCACCAACUAAACAAUCAAAACAAUAAUACCACUAACAACAAUACUAUUAAUAAUAAUAAAAAUAAUAGUAAAAUAAAAAAACUAGCAAGAAGAAACACAUUAGGUGAUUUAAAUUCAUUCCUUUACCAAAAUAAUAAAAAAGAUGAAAAUGAAGAUACAAAAUGCAGAAGGUGUCCAUGUAAUAAUUUUCAAUCUGGAAAUAUUGAGUGGUUAUGUAAAUCUUGUAAUCAUUCAAACAUUAGUCAUAUAAAGUUUAAUGUAAAAAAACCAACUAAUAACAAUAAUAAUAAUGUAAUUUUAAAUAAUAAUAAUAACCAAUUUUUGUAA